UACAGCUAUCUCAGGAGUUACAGGCCAAGAUCCUCUAUGCUAUAUUCUCAGUAUUGACAGCUAUUGUUUGCUUCUUGACUGCGGUUGGAACGAUGCCUUUUCUAUGGACAUUAUGAAUAAGUUAAAAAAUCAUAUUCCUCAUAUCGACGCCACUCUUGUUUCUCAUCCUGAUUUAAAUCACCUUGCUGGGCUUCCGUAUGCAGUUGGUAAACUUGGCCUAAACUGCCCGAUAUACUCCACUUUACCCGUUUAUGAAAUGGGACAGAUGUUUAUGUACGAUUUUUAUGAAUCGCACAGUCUUUUUCAAGAUUUUGACGUUUUUGAUCUCGAUGACGUUGAUGCUGCCUUUUCGCUUUUCCAGCCGCUUAAAUAUCAACAAGUUAAACUGCUUAAAGGAAAAGGAUCUGAUUUAGGAGUACGCCCCUUAAAUGCUGGUCAUCUACUUGGAGGGGCUAUUUGGGUUAUAAAUACUGAUCAAGAAGAAUUUGUAUACGCCGUGGAUUUCGAUCACAAGAAAGGCAGACUUUUACAGGGAGCGGAUCUUCUAAGACUUAUUCGUCCAUCACUUUUAAUUACCGACUCAGUUAAUGCGUUGAUCAAAGUUAUUCCAAAGCGUGACACUCGUGAAAAAGAAUUGAUGGAUACUAUAAUGAAUGUUACUGCGAAGAAUGGAAAUGUUUUAAUGCCGGUUGAUACGGCCGGAAGAGUGUUAGAACUUUGUCUUAUUUUUGACCAAUUAAAACCGGCCUUGUUGAAGCAGUACAAGCAACAAUUCAAAGCAAAAGGCGAUGCUUUUGAUGCGGACUUUACGGUCGUUUGGCUGAACACGCAGGUCGAACCCAUCUUGAAGUUUGCUAUGUCGACUUUGGAAUGGAUGAAUGACGAUCUCGUGAAAAAUUUUGAAAGUUCCCGAAGAAAUCCUUUGGAUUUCAGAGCAGAUAGAAACAUCAGAGUGGCCGUAUCACCGGAGGAUCUAAGAAAACUUCGUGGCCCUUUAGUCGUUUUGGCCACUCAGGAUUCCUUGAACACAGGAUUUGCUAAAGAAAUAUUUGUCGAAUGGGCAGAAUCGGAGGCGAACGCUAUUAUUUUUACCAGUCGACCAUUUGCGCAUACUCUCGCUUAUGAGCUUCUUGUUCAGGAAAAAAGAUCCCUUACGCUUCUGAUGAAACGAAAAGUUUCUUUAGAAGGCGCAGAACUUGAAUCUUUCAUAAGCGAACGAAGAAAGGAAAUUCAGAAGCGAAAACUUCUCGAAGAAGAAGAAUCCGAGAGACGUCGAUUGGAGGAAAUGGAUGUGGAUCAAGAAGAUAAUGAAAGUGAAACAAUCGAUCCUUCACUUACUAUAAAACACGAUCUCUUUCUCGAUUCAAGUUUAUUAUCAAACUCUUUUCUUUCUAAGGUUUACGAACAAGGAAGUCGCAUUCUGAUGUAUCCAUGCAUCGAGCCAAAAGUCCACGUGGACGACUACGGAAUUGUUGUUCGAGUGGAAGAUUUACUGCAUUCUGCGGAGAAACACGCCUCAAACGUUAAAGCUCUUUUGGAGAAGAAAAAAACCGAAGAAGAUAAUGAACUGGAGAGAAUGCUAAAGGAAGAAGCUAAAAGGUGUAUUGAAGUAAAAGUGACGAUCAAUGUUUCUGCUCAAAUUUUCAUGAUUGAUUUUGAAUCUCGUUCGGAUGCACUUUCUAUUCUUGAGUAUCUUAAGCAAAUAUCUCCACGGCAAACUAUACUAAUCAACGGCUCCGAAGAAAGCAAAGACUCUUUUGUUCAGUAUUUUUUGUCCAAUCCUAAAGAGUUUGGCCGCGUGUACGUCCCUUCUGAAAACCAAACGGUCGAUGUGACUUCUGAAUUAAAUAUAUAUCAAGCUACUCUUACGGAUGAGCUAUUGAGCCGCAUCGCUUUUCGUUCCAUCACCUACGGAUCUGAAGAAUUCGAACUUUGCCAUGUGGACGGCGUCAUCCGCAUGGACACCAACCCGCAAGCGGUCCCCUCAUUGGAACCCGCAAGCGUUGAGUCUGGUCAUAACUCAGUGUUUGUUGGGGAGGUUAUACUGUCUUCACAAAAUUUUCACGAUCUUCUGAAAGCCAAUGGCAUCGAGACCAAAUUUGUGGAUGGCGCUUUAGUGUGCGAUGAGUUGGUCCGCAUACGGAAGGAAGAAGGAGAAAUUAUGCUGGAGGGCCCUGUUUGCGCUCGUUAUUACCAGAUUAAAAAUUUAUUGUAUUCUCAGUUUGCUAUUGUUUAG